AUUCCGAGGUCCGAAUGAACAACAACUGGACGGAGGCAAAUCCUCCAAAGCCGUCGUGACGCCGGGAGCCGUGGCCGCAUAGGUUUAUUGGUCGCGACGGCAGCACCAUGUCGCCGAUGAAGGAAAAGACACCCCUCUUGGCAGCGACCAGCACUGCGCUGUCUCCGAAUCAUGCAAGUCAAACGCCGCCGUUUGCCUUCACCGCGCCAGAAGACCACCGCGGGUGUGGGUCGGCCAUCUUUUUCACCUGGCUCACGCCGUUGAUGGAUCUUGGAAGCAAGAAACCGCUUGAGUUCGAAGAUCUGUACCAACUGGAUCGAGAGAACCGUGCGGGCCACGUUGCGACACGGUUCGGUCACUUCUGGGCAUUGGAGCAAGCCACGCCGUCGCCGAGUUUGUCGUGGGCAUUGGCGCGGGCGUUCGGUCGUCCGUUUGUCCUCGCCGGGUUCCUCCGUCUCGUCCGCACGACGCUACAGUUCACCGCACCCAUCGUCAUCAAGAAGACCAUCGCGUACCUUCGCGACCCUGCCGCCGAUCCCACAGACGGGUACAUCCUCGUGGCCGUGAUCUUUGUCUCGGGGGUGAUCUCGUCCUUCUGUUUUCGGCAGUACAUGUACUACGUCAAGGAAACGGGUCUCCGCUUUCGAAGCGCGCUCGUGGACCAAGUGUUUGCAAAGUCACUGCGGCUGUCCAGUCGUGCCCAACAGCAACGGUCGACGGGGGAAAUUACAAACCUCAUGUCGAUUGACGCGGCGCGACUCCAGCGGCUCACAGUCGACUUGCACACGGUGUGGGUCGUUCCGUACUUGAUCUUGAUCUCGUGUUUCAUGCUGUACGACGAGCUCGGGAUCUCGUUCGUUGCCGGCAUCGCUGUGAUUCUCCUUGUGAUCCCGAUCACGCUGUGUCUCUCACGCGUGAUGAAGCGCCUCCAGAAAGCCCUCAUGGACGUCAAGGAUCGCCGCGUGAAAUUGUGCUACGAAGUGCUAGCCGGCAUCAAAGUCAUUAAGCUGCAAGCAUGGGAGCUCAGCUUCACCAAACGCGUGAUGGAGUACCGCACGGACGAACUGCUCAAGUUUCGAUCGUACAUUGUAACCCAAGCCAUCUCGAGUGCCGUGUACAACGGCGUGCCGUCGCUAGUCGCGAUGGCGUCGUUUGUCUCGUACGUGCUUCUCGGCAAUGCCCUCGACGUAAGCACGGCGCUGACAUCGCUCGCUUUAUUCAACGUGCUGCGAUUUCCGCUGUUCAAGCUCCCGCAAGUGGUCAAUGCCAUCGUGGAAGCGUCCGUGAGUGUCAAGCGGCUGCGCGACUUUCUCCUUGACGAAGAGCGCGUUGUCGUUGGUCCGGGGAGCCUCACCGCUCCAGGCAUCCUCGUGGAUCGCGCCGACUUUUCGUUUGAUGCGGCCUCGACCCCUCCACUGCAAAACGUGUCGCUGUCCCUUCAAUCUGGCGAUCUUGUUGCGGUAGUCGGCGCUGUCGGCAGCGGCAAGUCAACUUUGCUUCAAGGCAUUCUCGGAGACGCUACGUGCAGCACCGGGCACGUCUUUCGCCGAGGCCGCGUCGCGUACGUGAGCCAGCAGCCGUUCAUUCAGAAUGCGACGUUGCGAGACAACAUUUUGUUUGGGUUACCGUUUGAGCACUGGCGGUACGAACGUGCGGUCGCUGUGAGUUGCCUCGUCGACGAUUUGGCGAUGCUGCCAUUUGGCGAUCGCACCGAAAUUGGCGAGAAAGGGAUCAACCUGAGCGGUGGCCAACGCACUCGCGUGGCCCUCGCACGCGCCAUCUAUCAAGACGCAGACAUCUACCUGUUUGACGAUGUCCUGGCGGCCGUGGACAGCCAUGUUGGCGCCGACAUCUUCCACCGGUGCAUGCUCGACAUUCUCAAAGACAAGCUGGUCGUGAUGGUGACCAAUAACCUGGGGGUGCUCCCCCACUGCAGCCGCAUCCUCGUCCUCGUCAACGGGCAUGUCGCACAGCAAGGCUCCUACGCGGACUUGAUGCAAACCAAGUUGGAGCUAGCUACCAUGGUGGCUACGUUCCAAGGCGGGUCUGCCAUCGACGGGGACGCGGCGCCUGUGCCGUUUGAACUCAAAGGAAACGACGUUGCAUCGCCCCGGCCAGAUGCUGAUGCAAGUGACUCUGCGACACGGGCAGUCGACGCCCUAGCAGACGCAGCGGUCGCCCGACGCAAGAUCACAUUGAGCGAUGCCGGCGCCGACGACGACGAUGCCGCGAAGGAUGCCAUCGUUGUCGACGCAAUACCCACGGCCGCUCUGAUGGUCAAGGAAGACCGUUCGACCGGUCAAGUGGGGUGGCCGAUAUACUUGGUGUGGAUUCAAGCGUGCGGUGGGCUCAUCGCGGCUCUCGGCGUCCUUGUCGUGUACUUGAUCGCGCAGGGCAUGACGUUGUGUGCGACCCUUUGGCUGUCGCUAUGGUCCAACCACCCACAGCCAUCCGACCAGACGUUCUACCUGUCGAUCUUCGUCGUCCUCAACGUCGCAUACAUCUUGUGCUUGUUUUUCCGCGCCGUGUCGAUUUAUUUGUUUGGGCUCGUGGGGGCCAAGGAGCUGUUUCAGCGCUUGAUCACGCAAAUCCUGCGGUCGCCCAUGACGUUCUUCGACACCACCCCCCUCGGCCGCAUCGUAAACCGCCUCUCCAAGGACAUGUAUACGACCGACGAGGACAUUCCGUCGUCGUUUGGGUCGAUUUUGACCGCAUCGAUCGCCGCCACGUCGACGAUUGGAACGAUUGUGUACGUGACACCGCUUUUUAGCGUCGUGCUCGUGCCAGUCGGGUGGUGGUAUUUGUCGGCGCAACAGUUUUUCAUCGCGACGUCGCGGGAGCUCCAGCGGCUCGAUUCGAUCUCGCGCAGCCCAGUCUACGCCCUGCUCACGGAAACGUUGGACGGGAUGAGCACGAUCCGCGCGUACGGCGUCGAAGAAUCGUUCCGGCACCGGCUCCGCAACCUCCUGGACACAAACCAGCGCGCGUACUUGCUCAACUUCGCCGUCAACUGCUGGCUCGGUUUGCGCCUCGAGUUUACUGGCACCGUCAUCGCAACAUUUGCAGCGUUUUUUGCCGUGUGGACCAAACCGACGCAAGCGGAAUGGUUUGCUGGUCUUGCGGGCGUCUCCCUCUCGUACGCGUUUCAAAUCACGCGCAACUUGAACAUUGGGGUCACCACACUCAGCGAGCUUGAAACCGAGAUGGUGUCGGUGGAACGCAUCCACGCAUACACGACGCUGCCGUCGGAGGCGGCGCUCCGUCAAUCGGAAAACGUCGCGGUCCAGCCCAUGGCCGCCGCGUGGCCGAGUCAUGGCCGCAUUGUGUUUGACAACGUAACAUUGCAGUACCGCGCGGGGCUGCCGCCCGUGCUCCGUCAGCUCUCGUUUACGAUUGAGCCGCAAGAAAAAAUUGGGGUUGUCGGGCGGACGGGCGCGGGCAAGUCAAGUCUGGUCGUCGCGCUGCUGCGACUCGUCGAAGUGCAAAGCGGGAUCAUUUACAUUGACGGCAUCGACGUGUCGUUGCUUGGGCUGCACGACCUCCGCGAAAAGAUCGCGAUCAUUCCACAAGACCCCGUGCUUUUCUCCGGCACAGUGCGAUCCAACUUGGACCCGUUCGACUUGUACGACGACGCGGCGCUGUGGGCAUCCCUGACACGGUCCCACCUCGACCACAAGGUGGCGAGUUUGGAUGACGUUGUCGAAGAGCGGGGGUACAACUUUAGCGUAGGCGAGCGCCAAUUGCUGUGCAUCGCCCGCGCGCUUCUCAAGAACACGCGUAUUUUGGUCAUGGACGAAGCAACAGCGUCCAUCGAUGCCACGACGGACGCGUCGCUGCAAGCCACGAUGCGCGUCGAGUUUGCAUGUUGCACGGUGCUUACGAUUGCGCACCGCAUCAACACCAUCUUGGACUCGUCACGGAUCCUUGUCAUGGACCAGGGCGCGGUCGCCGAGUUCGACACGCCAUCUGCGCUGCUCGAGAACGACAGCGGCAUUUUUUCGAGCCUCGUGUCCCACUGGCGCGACGACGCUCCGUCCUUGUAACCAGUGAGUGCCCGCGCCACCAUAAUUUAGAUCAUGUCCGCAUGACAACGUGAAUUGAGUCUGCGCGUUUUGAACUUCUUUCAUCGUCCGCUCCAGAUAUGUGCGGACAUGUUUCGAGAGCUUGGCACCCGCGACUUCUAGCACACGUUGGCCAGAGGACGUUGUGUAGCCGCGGAACGAGCCAUGGCGCUCUCCCCCACGACCACCAACGCACUUCGGUCGACGCGAUCAACGUGUUUGGAAGCUCAGUAUCAACCCAUAGAAUGCGUCCAUGAUGAAACUGCACAGAGGUUGCGACUCCAGCGCAUCGAGAUCUGACGAUUGGGCCAACCGCUCUGGUGUUUUCUGUGCACACCGGUCAACGGAUGAGUUGACACCACAAUACGUUCUAUGCGCGACUCGUGCAACGCGCUGGUGGUGUCGUUUUAUGGAUAAAUAAGGUGUUGGGUUAAAGAUCCGUGUCGAGUGUGGCGUCC